AUGGCUAAUCGAAGAAAAUUGCAACCGUGGUUCAAAUAUUUAAAAUUGUUUCUGACCGCAUUUUUUAAAUUACCGCCAACUGAAUAUCAAACGGUGUGGCGUGGUAUUCCCGAAGAUUUAAGCACCCUUUAUCCGACGGGUAAAGAAUUUACAUGGUGGGGAAUAAGUUCGUGUACUUCUUCAAUCAAUGUACUCGAAUCCUUACAAUAUGUGGGAACUUCUGGCGCAAGAACAAUGUUCUCCAUUGAGACCAAUAAUGGGAAACUUAUUCGAUCACAUUCCUAUUUCCCAGAAGAGAAUGAAAUUCUUCUUCCUCCAGGCAUAUAUCUCAAAGUGAUCGAUACGUCUAGCUCGGUUAAUGGUUUACAUGUCAUUCAUCUUCGUGAAAUUCUACCAUCGUAUAAAAUGCUUGCAGUUCCUUUUGAUCUCAGUCAAUGGCAACAAGGUUUACCUGAAUCGAAAUCAUCAUCACAUACAUCAAGUUCACAAAAAAAGGAAGAAAAAUAUUCCACAGUAAGUGUUACACCCAAACCAUCUGGACAAGUAUCGUCAACAAAAGGUAAGUUAAUUUGUAUUGUUAAAGAUGAGAAAGGUUCUAUAAAAAAACAUUUGCUUAUGAAAUAUUGA